AUGCGCGAUGUGGACAGAGCUCUUCAAAAUUCAUUGUCAAUCACACAAGGUUAUCCACCACAUCAUCUCACCAAAAAAGGCAAGGAGAAGGUGCCAACCACCGAUGAUGAAAAGGAGCUAUGGUUGACACUCGAUGCAAUGGUUCUCCAGUGGAUUUAUGCCACGAUUUCUAGUGACUUGUUGCACAAAAUUCUUGAACCUGACUCAAUGGCAAUGGAGGCUUGGAAUCGAUUGUGUGAGCUCUUCCAAGAUAACAAAAAUGCAUGUGUCAUAGCCCUUGAGCGAGAAUUUUCUCACACAAACAUGAAGGAUUUCCUGAAUGCCUCUGUGUAUUGUCAACGAAUCAAAGAACUAUUGGAUCAACUCAAGAACGUCGGAGCAUCGGUCUUGAAUAACCGUCUCAUUCUUCAAAUGGUCGCGGGUCUCAUCGAAGCCUAUCAGGGAGUUGGAACACUCAUACGACAAAGCAACCCGCUUCCUCAAUUCUAA